CAUCUGCAUAACAAUCGACCAACCACAGGAGUUUGAAUUAGUCACAGUUUAGUAAUCAAAGUCUUUAACAUUUUGAUGUGGUAUUAUUCUGCAAUCAGUGAAUGAUUCAUUCCUUGUAUGCAGUCCAUAGGGCUAUGAAACACCGAUAUUUCACCUUAGCACACUUUGAAUAUUGGCUUUUGAUGUUUGGAUAAGCGUACAAUUGAUCUACGGAGAUUUAGGUUUGGAGUUUUGCUAGUACUUAAAAAGACAAUUUGGACUUGACAGUUUACUCAGAAACGGCUCGAUCACGUCGCUGGCUGAUCGCAUCAUCACGCGCUGUCCUUAAUAUUGCUCGGAUACAGUGUGUCGUGUGACUGCGUCGGUUCUUCCAUUCAAGGUGCCGAAAUUGAGUCUCCUUGUACAUUAAAGUAUGCAAGCGGUACAUCGCCCUGUUAAUAUGGACUUGAUAGAAACCCCACCUCACAUUCCUGGCCCGAUCAAUGGUAAUCCGUACGCCGUGGUCAACCAAGCUAUGAAAAUGAAAUGCCGCGCAGACGAGGAACACGCCGCUCGCGACAAUGAUUACCCUGGCGAGACGAAGAUGGCGAAAUAUAACGGCGACAACAACGUCUUUCAGUUUCCAGUUGUAAUCGGAGAAAAACAGUUACGAGAGGAGGACCGCAAGGCAGCCAUGGACGAACUACUGGGGAACCUCGGCGUUGAACGCAAUGGCGACAGAAAUACCACGGUUACCAUAACAACACAGGUUACCAAGACCAAUCCACAGCCACCCCAGAGACAAAGUAGUUUCAAAGCGACAGAAAAGAUAAUAAUGAAGAAAGGUUCCCAGGCACCGAUGGCUCCGUCAUCUCCAAGGCAGAGCUUCGAAGUGCCGCUCGUUCAGACGGCACCAAACGAAGACCCGAAUUUAUACUAUGCUUCGCAUUACGCGGCCUCGCAGCCCGGUAAAGUUAAGGCAAAGCUGCACAUAGACCCGCAUUCGGGCGGACAAAUUUCACCGACCGCAUCGCCGGAACUGAUCUCAAAUCGUAAAAUGUUAAUGGAUGUAAUUGAAGGCGACUCUGGUGACGAUCUCGACGCGACAACGGAACCGGAGGUGACGGAAGUGCGGAAAGUGGACAGCGACACGGAAUCUGAAGAAGAAAUCUCCUUUCACGAAAGCCCUACCCUGCCGAGGCGUGGAAAUGUCGCAGCGAAGGUUCAAUUUCUGUCCAAGUCCGUCGCGUUUUCUCCGCCCCCUGACGCGGAGGAGCAAAACAAACGAAAGAACACCUCCGUGCCGUUGAUAGGUCUGACUCAUCUGGGAGCUACCGACGUGACGGACAGGAUCGCCAAACACAACGAAAAAUCUCUCGCUGCCGGCCAAGUCAUGGCCACUGCUAAUAUGGUGUUGUAUAGCAGUAAACAGCCGCCCAAGAAAGUUGUGGAGUAUAAUCCUGAUGCACACGACCACAGAGAAGAAGAGGUUGAAGAUUUCCGUACCGCUCCAGUAUUACGUCACCACCAGGAGGGUUGGAACAAAGUGGAAACAAAUGAAUCAGACACAAGUGACGUACAUUCGGAUCAAGCUAUAGAGGAGGACUUCCCCCCUCCACCUCCGCCUGCUACUCCACCCCCCGUCGUACAGACCAUCAAACUGGGCCAGCAGGCUGAGUUCAGGCUCAAUAUCCAGCUUUCAAGCGUGGGCAAACUUGAACCUGUACGUGAAAGCCAAGAUCCGUCGGAUUCUGGCUGCGAGACCUCCACUCCGCUAUCGCCACCGCCCGGGAUUAAAGUCGACGAACCUGCGAUUCAAAAACGCCAUGUACAAGUUGAAGAAAGCGUGGACGAUGCUUUAUUAGAAGAGCUAUUUCGAAAUGAUUCCUCGAAAGAAAUUCAACCUCUUCAAACGCAGAAUUCCAGCGAAUCCAGCAGUCUCAUACGAGGUCAGAGUAACGAGGUCAGCACUCCAGUUAGAUAUUUCGCGACGAGCACUCCUGUUGCAACUGUGUCAAAGAGACCAGAUUCGGAAGAGAGGAGAUACAGGGACGAAGAUGAGGCCGCGGGAUAUUCGAGGAUAGAAGAUAUCAAACCAGGCAAAGGAAAAGAAGAGGUCAGUGAAAUGAAGGACGUCAAACAGAAUGGAAUGACGGACGAGGAGUUCUUAAACAGCUACAAGGUUAUUCCAGAAAAGCCAAUGGAAGAAGAGAUCAGUCCCGUACCAAGCCCUACGACGAGUCCUAAUGAGACCUUGAAGAAAACGAAGCUUUCUGCGGCUGAGCGAGGACCUGCAGUCCUUAACGAGCUCAUCAACGGGAUUAGAACGAUGAAGCAAGAAAUGUCCUACAAAGCGAAAGAACAAUCAGAGAGUUCAGAUGUCUUCCCAACGAGCCCAAGUAGUGAUAAAUCUUCGUCGUCAUUAUCGCCAACAUCGACGCUGUCUCGCGGGAAACGAAGGCAUAGGAAAGCCUCGGACAAAGGCUAUGGAUCCACAAAUUCAAGUUUAUCUGAUGCAGAACUGUUUGUGGAAAUUCCAAAGAAUCCAAGUGUUAAAUUUGAUAAAGACACUUCAGCAUUCUGGUAUAAACCUCAUAUAACCAGAGAACAAGCAAUAGCACUGCUGCAGGACAAACCACCCGGAACUUUCGUGAUCCGAGACAGUCAGUCAUACACAGGGGCAUUUGGGCUGGCUGUAAAAGUUGAAGUUCCUCCAAUGCACGUCAUCCAGAACCAAAACAAGGACUUUGACCAUAUAGAUCCCUCUGAGUUUGUUCGACAUCUCUUGAUCGAGUCCACUCCCAAGGGGGUGCAUCUUAAAGACUGUAAAGAUGAACCAAUGUUUGGAAGUCUUGCAGCUUUUGUUUAUCAACACUCACUGACGGAGAUAUCUCUCCCCUGUAAACUUGUUUUACCAACGAAAGAUUUGACCGUCGGGACGUUAAAGAUCACAGACAGACAAGAAACGGAAACUCAGUUACUCGCUCAAGGGGCAGCGUGUAACGUGGCGUACCUCGGUUCGUUCAAUGUGGAAUCCCUGUCAGGACCGGCCGCUUUGAAGUAUGCAGUGGCUAAAAUUGAACCAGGGAGGAAGAAUAAGGAACACGAACCUGUCUUGGUUAAUUUCAAAGUCAACAAACAAGGGAUAACGCUGACAGACAAUGAUAGGAAAUUAUUCUUCCGUAAACAUUAUCCUCUUAAAAAUGUUCUCUACUGGGGAACCGAUCCUGAUGAUACAAGGUGGGAUCUAACAGAAUAUGGUGGCGGCAAUCUAGCAAGAUCGUUUGUGUUCGUCUCAAGAAAGACAGAUAGCGAUGGAAACGAAUGUCAUCUUUUCGCCGAAAUGGAUCCUAAGCAACCAGCCUCCACAGUGGUUGACGUCAUAACAAAAAUUAUCACGAAUGUCAGUCAGUAGUGAAACCGCUGAGAAUUCAAUGGACCGUUCUGAGCACGCGCAGUAGCAAGACGGGAGAACCGGUAACAUUUACGAAAAGCGAUUUUCAGAUUGAUUUCCCGUCCGAUUACGGCUAACGAUUUUAUACAGUACCGCAAUAGAUGUGUAAAGUCUUGUUUUUAGAAAUUUUUAAGCAAAUAAGGCCAGUAAUUUAUUGUACAUUAUUGUGAGAGAUUCUAUAUCUAUCUAUAUAUUUGAACACUUAACUAGGUAUGUACAGGUUUGUAUGUACAGUUGACACUUUGCGGUGAAUCUUAAGUUUGGAAAAGUAAGCUCUGAUGUUCUAAGGGUUAGCUUAUUGUAAUAUUUCAAUAUACCAAAGUAAGCCGUAUGCCAACUAAUUCUCUUAUAUUCGUUAUAAGUAGGA